CGCGGCGCGGGCGGCGCGGGGCGUGCGGGGCGCGCGGGGCGGGGGGCGCCGACUGCGUGGAGGGGUGCGCCGCGCCGCGCCAGUCUCGUGCCGGUAGUCGGUAGUGAAGUGAGCGACUCCGGGAGCCGUCCCCGCCGCGCCGCCGCUCGUAGUCGUAGUGCACCGCCGCCGCCGGCGCCCACCAUGGACACCCAGAGCCAGGACGCGGCCAGCCCCGCCGAGCUGCCCAACGACCCGGGGAAGAUGUUCGUCGGAGGACUCAGCUGGCAGACUAGUCCAGAAAGCCUACGAGACUACUUUAACAAAUUCGGCGAAAUCACAGAAGUUAUGGUUAUGAAAGAUCCAACAACAAGGCGGUCUAGGGGCUUUGGAUUUAUCACUUUCGGCGACCCAGCUAGCGUAGACAAAGUAUUAGCACAAGGAACUCAUGAGUUAGAUGGAAAAAAGAUUGACCCCAAAGUGGCCUUCCCCAGGAGAGCACAUCCGAAGAUGGUGACCAGAACAAAGAAAAUCUUCGUAGGUGGACUCUCAGCACCCACGACUCUGGAGGAUGUAAAGAACUACUUCGAACAGUUUGGCCCGAUUGAGGACGCCAUGCUAAUGUUCGACAAACAAACCAAUAGGCACAGAGGUUUUGGCUUCGUCACAUUUCAAAGUGAAGACAUAGUAGAUAAAGUGUGCGAAAUACAUUUUCAUGAAAUCAACAACAAAAUGGUGGAAUGCAAGAAAGCCCAACCGAAAGAAGUAAUGCUUCCUGCGAACUUGGCGAAGACGAGAGCCGCCGGCCGCGGCGCGUACGAUUUCAUGUGGUCAUUGGGUGCUCUUCCUGACGGUUUCCCCGCCGCGUACGCCGCCUAUGCGGCCGGUCGGAGCUAUUCGGGCUAUCCUAGCUUUGGGCUGCCAUACCCCGCAGUGGACCUCGGCAACGGCCAGCUCACGCCCAACAACAACACGCCGCUGCUGGCGCAGGCGCUCUCAGGUGAGGACGCGCUCCAUCUCAUCAACCAUCAACUGAUGAACAACUACCAGGCGGCCGCGGCCGGGUUCGGGCCGCCGGCGUCGCCGCACGGCGCGGGCGGGCGCGCCGGCUUCCCGGCCGCGUCGUCGCCGGGCCCGGCGCUGGACGUGUACGGCUCGGCGGCUGACAGCGUCGGCUACGUGCAGGCCGCCUCCCCUCAGCCCUCCGGCUUCCCCGCGAUCGCCGUCAGCCGCGCGCCCCUCAACUACACCCCGGGACCCCUGAUUCCUGCGGCUUUCACCAACGGUUAUCAUUGAGAGUGUUGUAGCACGUAUAAUUUACGUGGCGAGCGGUGUGGCGGCGUGUAGCGUCAACAGCAGCAGCAGCGCCGGCGGCCGCUCUCCCCCCUCCCCCCGCCAGCCCCCGUGUCCCCCGCCCCCUCCCCGCGCCCCCCGCGCCCCGCGGCCGCCGGCACAUCCGUCCUGCCACCGCGCCAUCACCGGCAACAGACACCAAUACUCUCCUCUAUCUCCGACAAGACUCUUCUUCCUCCUCACACACACCCCCCCUCCCUUUUCCUCUCGAUGUACCUCCCCUCUCCCCUACCCCCGCCGAACAAUCCCUACACCCCGAGGAGACCUGUCUAUUGUAAAUAAUAUUAAUAUCUACUUUUUAUCGUGUGAACGAGAGAUAGUCUAUUACUUAAACAGGUAUUUUUUCAAAUUUUUCUCGCUUUCAGCUGUACCGUAGAUGUGUUGUCAGAAAUAAUAAACAAUGAAACUACAAAAAAAAUACAUUUCAUAAUAUAAUAAUAAAAUGCAUCUAAACGAUUUAUAAAUUGCAGGGAAGGUAUAUCUAUAAAAUAUUUUAAAUUUCUAUUCAUAGUUUAAAGUACAGUGUAAGAUGUAUCUACAUGUUCUCCCUCGACGUGUUAGGAUAUUCAUUUGAUUAGAUAGUUAAUUUCCGUGACUGUAUGAGUUGGAUAGAAUCCCGUAAGUGUCCCUUCCCGUUGUCCAGUGUGUCUGGUUGGCAGGAGAGCGGGUGCGUGGGCGCCGCGCGGGCUGCGCGCCCGGUCUCGCGAGCCCGCGCGGCGGCCGCCCGUCUGACAGCUGUCAGUGACCCGCUGACAGCUGUCAGCGCGGGCGACGCCACCGGCACCCGGAGACAAUAAGCCACGCCCCUCCGCUCGUCCACCAACCACCUUUUAUUCUAUUCUAUUUUAUAAUGUCAAAUAUUAACAUGAUAAUUGUAUGACUAUAUAUAAUGCAUAUUUUACCUAUGAAUGUAAUUAUUUUCGCCUAACUCGAUUGUAUAAAGGACUUCAUUGAGCGACGUCACGGUUUCUGUAGCGAACACUGUCUUCUCAUUACUUCAGUGUAAGACUAUGUUAGUUUACGAUAAAUACUACGUAUACAUACAUACUUUCUAAUUAUAUGUAUUAUGAUAUUGAAUUUUUUAUCCUAAGGAUAAUAAUAUAUGAUCAUAUUAUCGACUCGUAAGCGCGUUUGGAGAGCUAAGUCGAAACAUUUCACAAUAUCUCUCAUCGCAUUAAGAUAAUAAUUCGUUUCUAUCGUGUACCUUUGAAGUAGGUAUUGUAAUUAUAUAAUAAAUAACAAUUUUGUGCAUUACGUAAUUAAUAUUUCAUUGUUUCUUACGAUUGUAUUUACCGUAAUUUAAGACAACUGUUAAAAUUCUGCGGCACUCCAUUUAAAGGCGAGGUCGUUCCGUACUUAGUUGUAUUUUAAAUUUAAUUCAAAUAAACAACAGACAUUUCUCGCACCGACACUUUCGUCGGGCGAAGCUUGUAUUUCAAUAAACUAAAGACAGGGAUAUAAAAAAUAUAAUUCAGCCAAAGGCGCACGUUCGAGGUAAUAGUAUAAUAUGACGUCAAUUCAUUAAUCAUACUCGUUAGGUAUCUGGAGACGUUUUGGCCACUUCUAGUUUGCCGCGGCGUAGCGCGUUGUGGCGUGGUGCUACGCCGUAGUCCCGCUACAGCGUAGCACACGCUACGUCGUAGCAUGCUACGGCGUAGUCCCGGCUACGAGCCGACGCCGCGCGCGCCGCUCGCUCGCCACACUUUGCACUUCGUUGCGUUCAUUCGUUGUUUACUAUUAUUAAUUAUUAUCUACAUCAAUUAAACAUUACUAUUAUAAAUCUAGGUAUUAAAUUUUAGGUAAUAAACAAUAUUUUAAAUGCUAUUAUAUAAAUACGUUAUAAAUAUAAAUGUUUCCUGUUACAAAAAUAUUGAAAAUGAUACGAAGUAAAUCAAUAUUCUUUUUAAAGGUGAUUUAUUACUUAUGAGUAUGUAGUUAAUUGAAUAAUGGAGGGUUUAGACGGAGUGCGCUCGCCGCACUCGCUUUGCGUUUUUUUUCGUUCGUGCCGAGAGAUCGUUCGCUGAGAGACGUCACGUGUGCGGCCGGCCUUAGGCCACAUCGCGCGUCGCGCCGCGUCUAGCUAAAUUGCGCCACCACCGCGCCACUCCGCGCCACACCGCGUACCACCGCGCCCCGCGUCCCCCGCCAGUGUCCCCACCUGGCCACUCCCGGCCAACCACGCCACAUCUGGCAACAGGCGGCCACAUCUGGCAACAAGCGGCCACAUCUGGCCUCGCUCUGCCGCGCCGCACACUGCGCAGGAGACGCGACCGCAAUUUAUUGUUAAAAAACAUUAGCUAGGAAAUUGAUAAUGAAAUCGAAAGGUGUGAGUCUGUAGGACGGUCGGAAAAUCGAUAUCAUACCUAACAAAUUAACGUAAUUAUUUGUUUUAUAUUUACGGUGUUAUAGGUAAAUAAGACAUUUUUUCUUAGGAUAUUUAAUUAUUACGAUGAGAUGUUAUAAUUGUUAAGUCGGCGCCGGCGUCGUCGGCUCCCAGUCUCACUGUCACCUCCUCACUAUAAUUAUAUUUUCUUACAGACCUUUUUAUCGUAGGAGAAGCGCAUAUGCGCUCGCCCACGCGAGUACAAACAAACAUACAUACAUACAUAGUGAGACGAGUUGUCGCCGUGUUCGUGGGAAGCCACCGUGCACCGAGGUAGCUAGUUCGUAGCCGCCGCCGCGAGCCGCCCUAGCCACAGUCAGAGACAGAUAGAACUACUAGCUGGUCCAUUAUUAAUUCUCAUUAUUGUUCGUUUCGUUUCGGUUCGCGAGUUAGUUCCGUUAGUUCACCGGUAGGCGGCGCCAAGCGCCGUGACUUCUCGCUAUUUUUUACUUAAUUGUUAUUUUACUUUCAGUCACCAUUUUAGACGUGUGUUCUAUAUCAGAAUAAAGACUACGUAAUAAUAAUAAGCGAGAUCUCAAAUUUAUUUUAAAAUUCAUUAAGUGAUCCUGAUAUUGCGACUUGUCAUAUAUAUCUAAUUACGUAAAUAAAAGAUGAUUUAUUAUAUUUUGUAUAAAUACAUUUCUAAAUUAUUUUACACUCGAACUACUUUAUAUUGUUAUUAUGUAUAAUAAAUAAUUAUUUUAAUCUAAUAACGUGACAGACUGGUAACGUUCGUAGAGUCGCUGAGGCGGCUUAGAUCAAGUAGCUUUGCAUAUUCGGCGAUGGCCAACUUAAUAUUUCAAGGACCAAAGGUAUACUUAUUCGCGUAGGACCGGACGCGUAUUGGCUCCGCACGGACAGACCGCAUCGGUCGCUCACGCAGCCCGAGACUCGCACAGGGCGCCCGGCCCCCGCCGCCCCGCCCGCCCCCCGCCCCGCCCGCCCCUCGCCGCGCGCCCACCACCGCGCACCGCUGCCCGCUUGGUUUCGUUCCCGCGGUUACUUCUCGAUUGCGUGCUUCGCGUGCCGACUGAUUUUCUAUAGCAAUAAAAAAUCAAUUACCUAAGAUUUUACAUUAAAAUAAAUUUGGAUUUAUAUACGUUCGAAUUUGGUGUCAUGUACAUUUAAAAUAUUAGAGAAAGGAGAUUACGAUAGGCGAGCGACCCGCGACCGGGCGUCGCGGUCGGCGCUUUAUUUUCGUCAUUUCUUCGUGUAUUAUAUGUUACAUGAAUCUGUAUACAAUAUGGAUAUAAAUCGUAAUGAUGAAUAAAUUAGUUUUUACGGCAUCUCUUUAUUAAAAUAAUGAUAAUAUCAAACAUUUUGUAAAAAGCGGUGGGUACUGCCGCCGCCCCGAUUCCGUGCACCCAUGCACUACUUAUUGGAAUAUUACAUUAUAUAAACGUACAUAAUACUAUGAGAUAUAUAAUCAUACCGCCUCUCGGGGCGCGCGUGUAUGGCGAUGUAUGUAUACACAUUGUGCAAUGUACAUAUACCUAUUAUGAUACAAUGAUUUAAGACAAGGUUCACAUCGUGCCGUGUGUAUGUGGUAAUAAAUAUAAUAUGGACAUUGUUCAAACAGUA